CGACAAUUUAAGACGUUAUUGUGGUGAGCUGAAAGCCAGUCGCCGUCGCAUCGUGUGUGUUUUGGCUGAGGUCUCUGCUCCGAGUUCGACUUAAAAGCCAACAUCCUGAGGACUGAGAGGACAGAGACACAUGUCAGGCAGAAAACAUUAAUGUUGCCAUCAUGGGCUGCGGCACCUCGGUAGCCAUCGAGAACCAAGGAAGACCUUCAGAAGUAGAUGUAUCGGCCAGGCAGCCCAGUCCUGCACUGACAAUUAAAGCAGCCGUCCUGAUCCAGCGAUGGUACAGACGUUACGUUGCCCGAUUGGAGAUCAGGAGACGAUACACCUGGAACAUCUUUCAGUCAAUAGAGUAUGCAGGAGAGCAAGACCAGCUGCAGCUCUCCAGCUUCUUCAGCUUCAUGUUGGAUAACUUCACACAGCUCAAUGGAAACGGACCAGACCUGAUCUCUCACCUGCUGGACUCGGCGGUGGACCCUGUGACGGAGGAAGUUAGACAGUGUAAGUACGAGCAGAUCGUGGUGCCAGACUCGUACAGUGGCCCUCGCCUCUCCUUCCCCCUGAGCGUCACUGAUACCAACGCCCUGCUCAGUGCCUUCAAGGAACAGCAGACUCUCCAUGGUAAAUAUGUAUUGCAGUUGCUUCAUGAGACACAGAAAUUCUUAAAACAGAUGCCAAAUGUCAUUUACCUGUCUUCAUCCUAUGCUAAGGAGAUCACAAUCUGUGGUGACCUACACGGAAGACUGGAUGAUUUGCUGCUCAUAUUUUAUAAGAACGGUCUGCCAUCUGCUGAGAACCCCUACAUAUUCAAUGGAGAUUUUGUGGACAGAGGAAAGAAGUCCAUUGAGAUCAUCAUUAUACUGUUUGCCUUCUUGCUCCUGUACCCAGACCACAUGCAUCUGAACAGAGGAAACCAUGAGGAUCACAUUAUGAACCUGAGGUAUGGCUUUACAAAAGAGGUUAUGCAGAAGUAUAAGACACAUGGGAGAGAGAUCCUCCAGUUACUGCAGGAUGUAUUCAGCCUACUCCCUAUCGCCACCAUCAUAGACAACAAAGUCCUCAUUGUUCACGGCGGCAUUUCCGACAAGACCGACCUAGACUUUCUUAGCUCUGUAGAAAGACACAAGGUGAAGUCGGCGCUGCGGCUACCCAAGCGCAGCUUGGAUCACACUGAUGUGCGCUGCAGUAGCCGCAGCAGCAGCAGACAGAGCGGCAGGGCCAGGUUGGACAGCCCUUGCUCCACUGGUCGCAUGAAACGCAAGAAGAAGAGCCGGCUCACCAAGCAGAGCAGCAGUUCUUCUUCCUCCUCAUCCUCGUCUGCAUCUUCUGUGUGCUCACCACGGGCAUCAUGCAGGGCCACACCGCGGCGCCCUCCUCCAUCACCCAGACUUCCCAGUCCUGUUGAUAUGUUGCAGGUGCCAUUCCUUGACUCCAUCGUCUCUCUCGCUCUCCCUGAGCCUCCUAGAGAGGAGCUAGAGUGGAGGCAGAUUGUGGAUGUGUUGUGGAGUGACCCGAAAAACCAGAAUGGCUGCAGUCCGAACUCAUUCCGUGGUGGAGGUUGCUACUUCGGGCCGGAUGUGACGCAGAGGCUGCUGAAGAAGCAUGGCAUGUGUCUGCUCAUCCGGUCCCACGAGUGCAAGCAGGAGGGUUACGAACUCUGCCACAAUGGACAGGUGAUCACUAUUUUCUCCGCCUCUAACUACUAUGAGGAAGGCAGUAAUCGUGGUGCAUAUGUUAAACUGGGACCAGAGCUGAUCCCACGCUUCUUCCAGUAUCAAGUCAGCCGCAGCACCAGGAAGCUCACAUUGCAACAGAGGGUCAGUGUGGCAGAAAGCUCAGCUCUAAAGGCUCUGCAGGAGAAGCUGUUUGCCCAUCGCUCUGAGCUCAUGGCUGUCUUUCAGCAGUAUGACAUUAACAACACAGGUAGGAUCUCCACUAAUGAAUGGGCUCAGGUAGUAGAGUCUGUGCUGAGGUUGGAUCUUCCAUGGCGAACUCUGCGACCACGUCUUGUCCGGCUGGCGUCUGAUGGAAAUGUUGAAUAUGAGUCCUGCUUUGAAAACAUCAGUGCUGGACAGCCCAUGCCCCAGGUGACUCCAAAUUUGGCAGAAACGCUGUACAGAUAUCGAACUGAUCUUGAGAUCAUCUUCAACAUCAUUGACAAAGACCAUUCAGGUCAGAUCUCCAUCGAGGAGUUCCGUCAGACCUGGAAGCUCUUCAGCUCUCACCUGGGUGUGGUUGUGGACGACCAGGCGAUAGACGACAUGGCGCGCAGCAUUGACUUCAACAAGGACGGCAGCAUUGACUUCAAUGAGUUCUUGGAAGCGUUCAGAGUCGUGCACAAGCUGGACAUGAAGGAACAGCAGCAAGGCUGACUUGAGUACACUUGUGUGUACUCACACAUUCACCCAAGCCAAGUACAAAUGCUAAAGUGUUUUCAUAUUUCUGAUAGU